CGUGUUUUUUCUGAAUCUUCUUCCGAAAUUCCUCAAAAAAAAUGUUUGUCUCUGUUGUUCGAUCCAGGUGCUUUUGAAUCCACAGUUUUUUUUUGGGAAAUCAAGAGGAUUAUCUAUGGGUAAUUGUUGCUCCGAUGUCUCUUCCGGUGCUGGUGCUACAGCCGGCGUUGGUGGAACUGCUUCCUCCGCCGCUCUCGGUGCGAAUAACGACGCCGUUGAUUACUAUCUCAAGUCGAAAGGUUUCAACGGACUCUUCUCUCAGAUCGAGCUAUCGUUUUCAGCUUCGAAUUUACGAGACAGGGACGUGCUCUCUAAGAGUGAUCCUAUGGUUGUUGUAUAUCAAAAGGAAAAAGAUGCAACACUUUCAGAAGUUUUCCGCAGCGAAGUUAUUUUGAACUCUUUAGCUCCGAAAUGGAUUAAGAAAUUUACACUCGCUUAUCAUUUUGAGACUGUGCAGACGUUGGUGUUUCGUGUGUAUGAUGUUGACACCAAAUUUCAAAAUUCAAGAGAGGAGAUGCUUAAGCUUGACGAACAGCAGUUUCUCGGUGAGGCAACAUGUGCAUUGUCUGAGAUAAUCACAAAAUCAACUAGGACCAGUACAUUAGAACUCAAGCGCAAAGAAGGCUUUGCUCCACAGACUCAGCCUCACCACGGAAAGCUUAUCAUCCAUGCUGAGGAAUCCCUUUCUUCUAAGAUUUCAACAGAGAUAGUAUUUAGAUGUUCGAGUUUGGAAUCUAAGGAUCUUUUCUCAAAGAGUGACCCCUUUUUGGUGGUAUCAAAGAUUGUAGAGCAUGGAACACCAAUUCCCGUGUCUAAAACUGAAGUCCGGAAGAACGAUCUUAACCCUAUUUGGAAACCUGUCUUUCUUAGUGUUCAACAAGUGGGAAGUAAGGACAGUCCACUGAUAAUAGAAUGCUCGGACUUUAACUCCAAUGGCAAACACAGUCUGAUUGGGAAAGUUCAGAAAUCGCUUUCAGACUUAGAAAAACUUCAUUUGGCUGGCCAAGGAAUCAAUUUAUCUUUACCUACUGGUGCUGGAAAAAACAAGGUGUUAAAGAGCCAGCUUUUUGUGGAAAAGUUUACCGAGACUGUCCACCACACAUUCCUAGAGUACUUGGCAUCUGGGUUUGAGUUAAACUUCAUGGUAGCUAUCGAUUUCACAGCUUCAAACGGAAAUCCCCGCCUCCCUGAUUCUUUGCAUUACAUUGAUCCUUCAGGACGACUAAAUGCCUACCAGAGAGCAAUAGUAGAUGUUGGAGAAGUGUUGCAGUUUUAUGACUCAGACAAACGUUUCCCUGCCUGGGGAUUCGGAGCUCGUCCGAUCGACGCUCCAGUUUCACAUUGCUUUAACCUAAAUGGAAGCAGUUCGUACUCUGAGGUGGAUGGGAUUCAAGGUAUCAUGACUUCAUACACCAGUGCCCUCUUCAACGUCUCUCUUGCAGGGCCUACCCUUUUUGGUCCAGUGAUCAACUCUGCUGCAAUGAUCGCCAGCGCAUCUCUAGCUCAAGGUUCACGGAAAUAUUACGUCUUACUGAUCAUAACUGAUGGUGUUAUAACAGAUCUUCAAGAAACAAAAGACGCGUUAGUCAGUGCCUCGGAUUUACCGUUAUCAAUCCUCAUUGUAGGAGUUGGAGGAGCUGAUUUUAAAGAGAUGGAGAUACUAGACGCAGAUAGAGGAGAAAGACUGGAGAGCUCGAGCGGGCGAUUGGCUUCACGAGAUAUUGUUCAGUUCGUGGCACUACGAGAUGUCCAAUAUGGAGAGAUCUCAGUGGUACAAGCGCUUCUAGCAGAAUUGCCUUCGCAGUUUUUGACAUAUAUGAGAAUCCGUAAUAUGAAGCCGAUUCCUCCAUGAAUGAUAUCGUCUCGUGUGUAAAUGAAGUGUGUACAUAUUA